AUGAAAAAACAAAAUUCUGUCGGAGGAGGUAUUAUCGGAAAUUCAAACAACAAUGCAUCAUCAUCACAUCACGGAAUUGAUGUGCUCAUGCUAGGCUUGCAAGGAAGCGGAAAGAGUUUCCUUAUAAAACAAAUGAAAAGUAGGUAUAGGAGAAAGAAUCGGGAUGAUGAAAUAAUAACUGAUUUCAAUGAUGAUGAAGAUUAUUUGCAAAAUAAUGACUAUUUAACCUUUUAUGAUGGAUUACCGACCAACGGAGUCAAUUUAGAUGAGCUCAUCAUCGGAGGAAAGAAAAAAUCAAAAAAGAUUAAAUUAAGGGAAGUCGGUGGUGGAAUCAUACUCACUUGGCACAGGUAUUUGGAUGAAUGUAAAGUGGUUGUGUUUGUUAUUGACAGCUCUUGUACGAUUCAACUCUCAUCCUCUUGCAUAGAACUUUUAAAUCUUUUGUCCAUUCACGGAGAACACAAACCAUUUAUCGUGGUUUUAAAUAAGAGAGAUGCACCAAGCGUGUUCAGCUCAGAAAUUUUCCAACACUUCAUCAAAUGGAAUAAUGUUAAGGAAAAUUGUAAGCAUAUCGAGCUUAUCGAAGUGAGUGCUCUCACAGGACAAAACCUUCAUCGUCUCAUUGAGUCCAUGGACAUUUUAAUUGGAUGA